AUGACUGAUUUAAUUAGUGACCCCGUGUCAAGUAAACGAUCACUUGCAAUAGAAGAUGAACGCGAUGAGGUACCCAUUGUAAAGGAUCACGUAAGUGAUAACAGUCUUCCAAAUAAGAGGUUGAAAUAUGAGCCAACUAAUGAGAAUUCAUCUUCAGAAGAUUCAGAUGUGAUGAUUCGAAAUUCUGUGGGACCCCUAGACUCUGGGGACGAGGGGAAGAAAAAACUAGAAAUCGAACCUAAGGUUCAACCCUUACGUAUAGCGAGGGAUCGCCACAGUAACAAAUAUAUCUAUCCAGAGGUAGACCGUGAAGCAACAAUGAGUGCCAGAGGAUACCUGAAACAUUUUGGUCUUCAAAAAUUUUUGGAUGCAUACCUACCACAGGAAUUGAAUUCUCUAUAUAUCCAUUAUCUUAUUCGUAUGCUUGGGUUUGAUGUGAAAGAUCGUGAAUUAGCGGAAAGAAUCAACGAACAUUUGAUAGAUGCAAAGGAAACUAAGGAAGAUGAUUUGACCUUUGAUAAUAUAGAUGACCCCCUAGAGAAGAAAUAUGUUGUAAGAUUAAUUAAAGAUCUACAGAAAACAAUAAAUAAAGUUUUAUCAACAAGACUUAGACUAACAAAUUUCUAUACGGUAGAUCAUUUUGUCGAACGACUGAAGAGUGCGCAAAACAUUCUCGUUUUGACCGGGGCAGGUGUUUCGACAUCCUUGGGGAUUCCUGAUUUCAGAUCCUCUCAAGGGUUUUAUUCUAAAGUGAAGCAUUUAGGGCUUGAUGAUCCACAGGAUGUCUUUAAUAUGGAUAUAUUUAUGCAGGAUCCAUCAAUUUUUUAUAAUAUCGCUCACAUGGUCCUCCCUCCGGAUAAUAUUUAUUCUCCUUUGCAUAGUUUUAUUAAAAUGCUACAGGAUAAAGGUAAACUAUUGAGAAAUUAUACACAAAAUAUUGAUAACUUAGAAUCAAAUGCUGGAAUAGAGGCAGAUAAAUUAGUUCAAUGUCACGGUUCAUUUGCUACCGCAUCGUGUAUUACUUGUCACUGGCAAUUGCCAGGAUCUCAUAUCUUUGAAAAUAUUCGUAAGAGAGAGUUACCAUUAUGUCCUUACUGUUACCAAAAGAGAAGAGAAUAUUUUCCGACAAUGACAUUUAGAGAGAACGAGGAGUCUCAAUUGGAUAGAGGAUAUAGCUCUGCUCCUGUGUCAAAAUCAUAUGGUGUAUUGAAACCUGAUAUAACGUUCUUCGGUGAAGCCCUGCCGUCUAAGUUCCACAAGACAAUACGUAAAGAUAUAACAAAAUGUGAUUUGUUGAUAUGUAUAGGGACAAGUUUGAAGGUUGCACCUGUCUCGGAAAUUGUCAACAUGAUUCCAGCCCAUGUUCCCCAAAUAUUAAUAAAUAGAGAUCCCGUAAGACAUGCAGAGUUUGAUUUAAAUUUAUUGGGCUACUGUGAUGACGUGGCCGCUUUGGUGGCCCAAAAAUCACAAUGGGAAAUCCCACAUGAAAAAUGGAAGCAAUUGAAAGAUCAAAAAUUUUUAUAUGAGGAAAUUGAUAAGGGUACUUAUAAAGUUGAAUCUCGGUGA